GCAUGCAGUGCCUGUCACUGCUGUAUUGCGCAUGGCUUCUGUUGGUAAAUCGGGGUCUCAAGCAAGUAACGCUAGAUUGUUAAAUGGUUUGAAGAGUUCGUUAUCGUAAUUCACACUUUGUGUCAUGAUGGAGAUUGAGGAUGGAAAACCUUUGUACGAGCGGAGGUUUGAUGCCGCUGUCAAAGUGAUACAAAGCUUGCCUCCAGACGGUUCCUUUCAGCCCUCUAAUGACAUGAUGCUCAAGUUUUACAGUUACUACAAACAAUCCACACUAGGACCCUGCAACAUACCCAGACCUGGCUUCUGGGACCCCAUGGGCAAAGUGAAAUGGGAUGCAUGGAAUGAUCUGGGAGAAAUGCUCAAGGAAGAGGCAAUGGCUGCUUACGUUGAUGAAUUGAAGCUGAUCCUUGAGGGCAUGCCCUGCACGGAUGAGGUAGAGCAGCUGCUGAAGGUGCUGGGUCCCUUCUAUGAACAGGUGGAAGAGAAAAAGAAGAUCAAUCAGGUGUCAGACCUGACCCCAGGUUUUGGGACCAUGCUUACAUCAGCGCCUUCAAAAAGUGUCACAAGGAGCAUCAUUAGGACAAUGGAAAUGAAUGGCACUUUGGAGACAAGGCCACCCAGACCGGCGGUCGAGCCUCCAAAGCCCAAAGUCAUGGCAGUGGAGGAACAGGGGGAGGAAGAGGAGUUUGAUGAGGAAGAUGAGAUGGAAGAGGAAGAAAUUGUUGAGAUAAAGGAAGUGAAAAAAGUGAAAGAAAAGUCAAAGAAAAAGGGCUCUUCCAGGAGACCUAAAGUUCCCCUGUCCAAUGGUAAUGUGGGGAACGGGAAGGGCCACUUUUCCAACGGGACCCACACCUCCAAGGCUGCCCUGAACAGUGAGGACUCGGAGGAGGGCCUCCUGAGCAGCACCCUGCCCCUGGAGCCCCAUGUCCAGGUCAACGGCCACCACGCAGAUGUGGAUGUAUCUAGGCCCCAUCAUGUGACUAGUGACUCAGACAGCGAGGUCUACUGUGACUCUAUGGACCAGUUUGGCCUGGAAGAGGGCUCUGAGGUACACACUGACCACUGUCUGGAGCUGGAUGAGGAAGAGGAGGGGGAGAGCCACAGCCCUCUGUCCGAUCAGGAGGGGCCCGCUGAGGCACCGUGUGGGACCCCUGAGGACCCCCGGGGGCCGCCCAAUGGCAUCCAGUGUGGCGGGGAGGAUGGGGAGACUAGUGGAGGGGCCUCUCAGAGACAAAGACUGAAUUCAGAUAGGGUCGAUAGCUCCCUGGUCUGGAGAGAACGAGGCUCCAGGUCUUCAGGGCACGGCCCGGAGGCACAGGGGCCCUUGCAGGGUAGCGGAGGGGACGGGGAGCGAUGGGGGGGAGCUGGGGCAACAGGAGGCAGUCUGAAUGAGCAGAUCGUAGUGGCGCUGGCCAGACUGCAGGAGGACAUGCAGAGUGUCCUGGAGAGACUGCACACACUGGAGGCCCUCACUGCAUCCCAGUCAUUGGCUCUACCAUACCCACCAUCACCCCUGGCAAAGAAGGGUAGUAAGAAACCAUCCUGGUGGCCUUUUGACGUGUCUCCUAGCGCUGUUGCCUUUGCUGUGGCAUGGCCAUUUGUGGUGCAGUGGCUUAUCCGCCUAUAUCUUCAACGUCGGAGAAGACGAAUCAACUGAAAAGUCCCCCCGUCCCAAAGACCCAGAGCGACGAAGAGAGCUCUGUCAACAGUCUCUGGUUGGGUAAUGGCCGUAGCCUCCCUUCCACUUUCCCCCACACCUCUGUAACCUCUAGCUUUUGCACUAUGAAGAUGGCACUAGGAGUAGUGAGUUGGGGAAGCCUCACAACCCACUGGCACUACAAUUGAAAUCAAAGAGAUGUGAACGGAUUGAACUGCAGCUCAUAAAUCAUGCAAGCUUUUUUCCAGACUAUACAAUUACUGUACUACAUUAGUACUUUUUUUUUUUUUUUUUUGCUCUUAAGAAAAUGAUGAGGAUUUAACUUGGGCGGUAAAGUUAUUGGUUGUAUAUGUUGAGUAUAACUUCUACCUUUUUUCUUUUAUUGCAA